CACGUGAAGGCAGCACGGCACUGCCGAGGAGGGAGCCGCUCCAGCUAAAAGUUCCGUUUGGGCAUGAAAACGUGAGUUUUAAUGUGUGCGCUUCCUCUUGUACACUCGUUUAGAACACAGAGACACAACAGACGGGUUUAGUGUUUUGUCGUCUUCGGCUCCUUUCGUCAAUGUAACGAGAGAGAUAAAAAGAAAACAACAACUUCCAUCUGAAAUCUGGGAGAAGCCAAUGGAGCUCAGAUCGCAUGGAUGCAGAUGAGGCACGAUGCUAGCCAGCUAACUAGCCACCGAGGACAUGUUGAGCAUCAACAUCAUCCCUGGCCUCCACUGAAGAACUACAGGAAGUUGAUCUGCUGAUAUGGAAGUCAAUGGAGAAGUCAGUGACACUGACAGCGGCAUCAUUCUUCAUUCAGGCUCUGACAGUCCAACGACGCAUACGAAGGAUGUGACCACACACACACGAGCCAUGAAGCUCAAACACCAGGCUCUCCAAGACCGACUGGAGCUCUGCAUUCUGGAGCUAAAGAAGCUCUGCAUCCGUGAAGCUGUGUUGACUGGACGGCUGUCAGAUGAUUACCCUCUGCUGCCUGGAGAGAAACCUCCACAGAUUCGCAGACGCAUCGGAGCUGCUUUUAAACUGGAUGAGCAAAGCAUCCUUCAGGGAACAGAGGAGUCAGAACUGAGUUUAGUGGAUGCCGAGUUGGCACUUCAGAUGAAAAUAUACGAGGCAGCGCGGAAGCUCUGCAAGGAGGAUCACCUGAGUAAGGCUGUCAAAAAGAGUCGCUCGCAGCAGUGCAAGAGAGAGGAGAGGAAACUCAAACAGCUCCAAGACACGUCCUUUCAGCUGCGAAUGAAGCACGGCCGAUCAUCACCACUCCCUGCUUUUAAUAUUACACAACUAGAUCUGGGUACAUCUGACGACAGCUCCCUGUCUGAUUCUGUUGUGCAAGAUGAAGAAGUGACAAGCCAGUCAUCGCAGCCGUCCUCAGGACUCCCCUAUCCAGUAGAGACGGAUCCUCCGCAGCCUCCCACUGAGUCCUCACUGUUCACUGUAGACGGCUCCUGGAUGUCUCCUUCUGUGGAUCAGCUGCUGACCCCAAAUCAGUCUCCCCACCCGAGCUUUGACUCUUCGUUGAGUUUAAAUUCGAGCUCUGUGUACGACACUCCUCCCAUCCAACACUCCCCCUGGACAGAGUCUAGCCUGGACCAGCCUUACCAGAAGAGCAAGAAGUCUCGCUCUUCCAUCAAGACAAGUAGUCCAGCCAAAUCCGAACUUCUGCCACCGUUGGAGGCUUGCUUAGCACAAUCUGCUCUGCCUCUGCAACUUUCCCAUCUGAGGCUGAGCCGCGCCCAGUCGAGCAGUAUGCCCUCCACACCAGAGAUGCGUGUGCACAGACAACUCUCCCUCAGGUUGUCCAACCCUGAAUCUCAGUUUGAAAAGGACCGCGGCCGCACCCGAGGUCCAAGACGGCGACUGACGGAAUAUGCAGUGACUUUUCCAGAGACCCCUCCCCCUACGGUGACCUAUGGAAGCCAUGCUAGCUCUGAGGAUGGGAACUCCGAACACUCGUUUACGUCUUACAACAGCUCCCCGUGUCAGGAGUUGCCCUGUGAAUUACCCAAACAGUAUCAGUCUGCAUUCCCGUGCUCUAGCCCAGUUGGCAGCUAUGGACCUCAAGCGUUCCCACACAGUGGCUUUUACCACAAUUCCAGGCACCUGUCCAGCCCCUCUAUUCACAAGGCAUAUUACAAUGAAAUGGUCUACUCACCUGAUACGGACAUGCCACGGAGCUAUUACGCCCAGCAGGCUUCCUGUCCUCCCAACAGAUAUAACUAUAGGUAUAAAGACCCUGCUGUGCCCCACCAGAGGGCACAGAGGCCUUUACCUCCUGAUAUCCGACUCUCCCCCUCCCCAGCUCAAUGGGACCACCCACAUUACUGCUCCAGUGGUCUCCCACGGCAAGUUGUGAAUGAACAACUUAAGUCGUGGCAAUGGCGCAGUCAGCUGAAAUCCCCCAGGUCCCGUUCCCUCGACCGCCAGGGAGCAGUCAGAGUGAAAAACAUUCCAGUACGGGAGUCGCCCUGCUACCAAAUUCAAAAGUACCACGAACAGGUGAUCCAAAGAAGGGCUCUCCAAAGAGGUGCAGAUGACACUCAAGGACACUGGGUUGUAAAUGAUGGAUCUCACUUCACAAGUGAAGUGUAAAGAGAUUCAACUCAAAUACCAAACUGUACAUGUUCACUUAAAGGCUGCAAACACAUAAUUUCCCAUAGACCAAGGCGAAGUAGUCAGAAAGUCCAGUUGGAUUGACUGUUGAUAAAGAAUUACUUUCUACAUGAAAGUAUUUGGGCGCAACACAAACUACGGCCUCCAAAUUUAGUAUAAACUUUAAUUCACACCUCUUUGACACACUCCUCUGAUGUGGAGAACUACAGCGUAUGUGUUGUUUUCAUCAUCGCCCCAGAGUUUCUGUGCUAUUAAAUACAGGGUUUUUUUGUCCAUAUGUUAGGCAAUCACAGAUGAAAUGGUAAUUGGCAUCAAACUGGUUGGAGAAAGCACAACAUUGUACACAGAAAUAGCCACUAAAUCUGCUCAUUGUAGUUAGAUUAUGAGAAAUAUACUUAACUUUAUUGUUAAACAGCAAGGUGUUCGCUUUUUGCAGUUUGUUAGUUUGGGAAUAACGUGCUUUUUUCAACUAGUCUUAUGAAGGAAAUAAAUCCAUUGUAAAAAAAUGAUUUAAAUGAGCAACUUGUCCCUUUUCAAGUAUAUUUUGUUUGUAAUGUUACCUUGAUUUUGUCACCAUGUUAAUGAACUUGAGCUGCUUUAAUUUAACUCCCAUGUUUGUCCUGUCAUAUGAACUUUUGGAGUCAAAUUUGUUCUGUUUUUAUACUUACACUUUUCUGUGGCUGUGCCAGUUAACUUGAAUUUCUAACUGAUUUAAUCAAUGAGUUGAAACUAGAUAUUAACUAAAUCACACAAGAUAGAAAGUAGCAAACUGAGACAAAAGCAGUGUCUUGAUGCUUGGCAGCUAAUGUGUCAAAUAUAAAUUUGUCCUGAGCUUUAUUUUAAUAUUUCUCAAAGUUUGAGACGGCAGAUCACUAUACACUCACCUUUUUGCUAGCAUCAAAUUUAACUUGAGUUUGAAUGCUAUUCAAAACACUGCCACUGUGUCUACAUCUCUCUACCAAACAAGAUUUUAUUGUAGGUCAUUUAAGAAUUAGAGUUUAUUACAAAAAAUUCAGAUUCAGCUAAACACUAGCUGUUUUCAGACAUGAACUCUGGAAAAUGUCCGGAAAAUUUGGUCAUGACAUAUGCUGUUCACAUAUGCAGAUCGAGUCAGUUUCAUUCACAACAGCAGGAGGUGUGGCACCUGGGGAAAACGCCCACUCGCUCGUCAUGAAUCUUCCUGAGAUUUUCCUGCUGACAAAUUGUGUUCUCUCAUACAGCCACUGUACAGUCCGUACUUCAGUGCAUGUCUGAAAGCAGCUACUGACUGGUCUCAUUCACUGGUCUCACACUUUUUACGUGUAUUAAUUUAUUGUGAUUUGCACCAUUGGAGUCAUGGAAUGUCAGACUUGAAAUAAUAGAAGACGUGAACCGGAGUUUGCAAGAUCCAGCAGCUGAAAAGACUGUCUAGUUAUAUAGUAUGAAAAAAAAAGACAGACCACAAUCAUGUUACCUUGUGUGCCGUGUGUAUCUUUUUUUACUGUCUUAUAUUUAUCAGUUAGCAGUAGCUUGAGGACCUAAUAACGUGUUAGGUUGCUUUUUUAAAAAUCUGUGAAAAUGUUUUCCUGUGGAAAUAAAUAAAGAGUAAUGUUGCAAA